UACUGGUGCAUACCACAGUAGUCGCGAUCUACCACACACAGUCCCUUGGUUGGGUAACCUACAUUAAAUUCUAUCGUCUCACCAUGCCACAUCUGGGAUUCAUUGCUAUAAUUUUCGCAGUUUCUGCGGUGGUAGCGGCGGACGACGAGGCGACGGUGUGCCGCUUCUUCAGCAAUGGCGACAAAGCGUGCCAGAGGAACUGCAACAAAUUAGCCAGUGGCGAUGCAGAUGGCUUGGUCAAGAAGCGCAGCUCGCAUGAUGAGAUUCCGCAGGACCAGAUUGACGAUGCCAGUGUGGAUCCGCUGGUGUUGUUCAAGUGCACUGACGAUGCACAUAUGACCAAAUGGGAUGUUUUGUCGGACGACAUAUCCACCGCUGACUUUACGGAUGCUCUGAAAAACGCUAACAAAGAUAAGCGGUCAUUUGUCGGCAGCUGUGCCUUCCACAAGGAUAAAUCCAAAGGCUGGGACUGCCUCGGUGUGCAGCUGGACAAUGGCCGAACCAAAAUCGGCCGCCAGAGUCACCAUGAAUACUUCUUUAUUAACAAGUAAAUUCGGCAAAUAAACUGCCAAGAUUUCUGACGAGUGACGAUGCAUUUUUUCAACGAACUUGGAAUGGGCUUCUGUUAUACUGUACUAUACAUAAGUAUGCCAGGUGGUUAGUUGAGUAAUCCAAUUUCUGUCAUCGCAGAUUUUUUUACCAGCGUUCGUACACCGAAAAUUUGCUGGCGUGCCGCUGUUACCGCCAUUUUUUGUAUGCUCUGAAUUAAAGCUCUUCAACUG